AGUUGACAGUGAUGAGUAUGAGACAGUAUGACGUCUAAAGACAAGACCAAGAUACUUUCCUCCUUUGAAUUUGAAAAGGACCCUUCUGAUGAUGAACUGCCACUCCCCAAAAUACCAAGGAACAAAGGAACACCGUUGUUUGAAGAAGAAUCUGAACAUACUUCUCUUCUUUACAACCCAAAGGAAAAGCAUGGUCUUGUCAACGAAAGUUCAGUAACAACCACAGGAACUGGAACAAAUAACAGUAAAAUAAUCCUGCAAGAGUAUGAUUAUGAUCAAUCAGAGGCUAAGACAUAUACAGAACCAUCAACCAACAUCUGUCUCGCUAUUUGCUCCACUUUCUUCUGUUUUGUGGUGGGAAUGUUUGCAAUUAGUCAUUCUGUGCAGGCCCAUUAUUACAAGGAGGCUGGACUACUCUCUUUGGCUGAUGCACACGGGUCCAAAGCAGCGCACUUGGCUGUGGUAGCAAUUAUAAUGGGACUUAUCAUUAUUAUGUGGGUCACUAUACUCAGAAUAAUGUUAAUUUCUGCUGAUUCAGUUUGAACUUCAACUUUGUCAUUUAUUAUAUAUUUACUGUUACUGUCCUAUUAGCGUUAUAUCGAGUUCACUGUGUGCUAGUAACUUGAAGAAGAAUUAGAAUUUUUAUGUAUAUUUUAAGUUUUAAAACUUUGAAAUCUUCAAUCUUAUGACAAUUGGUAGGAUGUUAACUAGUAACUACUAUGAUGUUUGAAAUAAGUUUUUACAAAAAUUACAUAUGAAAACUAGUUAAUUUAAAUAGUUAUUGUCAACUUAAAAUCUUGUUCCUUAACUUUUUAACUAGGUAUAGUGUCUAAAAAUAAAUCAAUGUUUAAGUAAGAAAAGCUCUGAAAAUUUACAGUAAAUGAUAGCAAAAGCUGACAAUAAUUGCUGAACUGUAAUUAUGAUCAAGCUAUAUGUACACAAUACAAAAAUUGUAAGUUUCCAUAAUAUUAGCUGU